AUGGCCCAGAAACUCCUUCUUAGGCCGUUCCGGUCUAUCCCUCUCAAGCCUCUCUCUGUGCCACUUCAAUCUCCGCCUUCAUCGCUCCUCUCCAGGGUGUCCUCUGUGCCAUGCCGCACCAACUGGUGUGGUUCCUUUCCUGCCACUGCUGUACCUGCUGCAGCUUCUAGGACAUUUUCUACUACUCAGGUCUUCAGAGACACCUUUAAUGUCCAGGAUGGGGAUGACUUCCAAGACAGGGUUUUGAAGAGUCAGAAGCCAGUGGUGGUAGACUUCCAUGCACAGUGGUGUGGCCCCUGCAAGAUCUUAGGGCCCAGACUAGAAAAGAUGGUGGCAAAGCAGAAGGGCAAAAUACUGAUGGCAAAAGUGGACAUUGACGACCACACAGAUCUAGCCCUUGAAUAUGAGGUUUCGGCUGUGCCCACCGUUUUGGCUCUGAAGAAUGGCAACGUGGUGGACAAAUUUGUGGGGAUCAAAGAUGAGGAUCAGCUGGAAGCCUUCCUCAAGAAACUCAUCGGGCCUUGAGCCAGCAAGGACGGCAGUCAC